AUGGAGAUUAUUAGAACCAAAGUGGGAUUUGACAACAUGUUUACAGUGGAUUGCUCGGGUCGAAGUGGGGGACUUGCCCUCUUGUGGAAAAAAGAGUUAAACCUGACCAUUGUUAACCAUUCUAGGAACUUCAUUGAUGCCACUAUCAACUCUGUAUCAUCUUCUCCUCUAUGGCGUUACACCGGCUUCUACGGUUGCCCAAAAAGACAUCGACAUGCAGAAUCCUGGGAUCUUCUCAAACAGUUGUCUCUCAACAACUCUCUCCCUUGGAUUUUAAUGGGGGAUUUCAAUGAUUUCCUCUCUCACGACGAAAAUUUGGGCGGUGCUACUCAUCCCAACCGGUUGAUUCAAGGGUUUUGGGAAGCAGUAAACUUCAGUGGACUGUUUGAUCUUACCUUCAAUGGCUAUCAGUUUACAUGGGAUAAAGGCAUAGGCACUACCAAUUGGGUUAGGGAGAAACUGGAUCGUAUCCUGGUUAAUGGAAGGUGGCUUGAUCGAUUUGGGUAUGCUAGAGUAGAGUCUUUUGAAGCUCUCGUUAGUGAUCAUCUUCCCUUAGCUGUUUGGCCGUUCCCAGCAACACGGAUCAGGACUAAUAGAAAGUUCAAAUUUGAGAAUUGUUGGUUAAAGGAAGCCAGUGUAGAGACAUAG